UUCAAUCAUUCAUUUAACUAUCAAACUACUUUGUAUAAUGAACAAGGAAAUCAAUGGAAGCAUUGUUACAAUUUACAAAUCAAUUUCUCUAUUCAUAAUCAUAUUCAAUGAUUUCUAACAAUUUCCUUUACAAUUAAAAAUUUUCUCAACCAAGUGCAUGUCCCAUGUUUCUUGAGUUUAGUAUUACCCCCAUGUAUCGUAGAUGGACCACCACAAACCACUAGCCCCAUUGUUUAGAGAGAGAGAGAGAGAGAGAGAGAGAGAGAGGGCGGGAAUGUGGAGCUCCGGUUUUAUAGGUUUUCCGGGUAUUUCAAUACUUGCAACAGUUGUGGAGUUGAUGUUCCAGAAAAUACCCCACCUCACCAAGUCGGAAAGUCAAGGUGCCAAUUUUUUUUUUUUUAUUUUAAUUUUCCUUUUAAGUAAAAAGAGAAUGAGAGGGAUUGUGUAAUAAAACUUUACAAGAUACGCAAAAAAAUAUAGCAUAUGAACAAUUUUUAUGGCCAACAAAGAACACCCAAUCCAUAAUCAAAGAACAAGUUAUUCUUAGUAUAGACAUUGAAAUUUAAUCAUCCUUAAAAAAAAACUUUGUAAAUAAAACUGGUAGUACCAUGGAGAAUGUCUACGUCCUAUAAUAAACAUACUAACUCAAAGCAACUGCCAAAUCAGCCAAGACCUACGUCAUAUGUAAAUAUGACAUAUUUUCCUAUUAUUUCUAAACUAACUCAAAGUAACGGCCAAAUUAGCUAAAACCUAUGUAAAUAGGAUAUAUUUGAUGAAUAGAUGCCUUUCUUAAGUCUUCACUCUGACAUCAGGUCACCCAUUGCGAGUGUGAGAUGUACUCAAGACCCAUUACUUUGUGUUAUUAUUAGUACAAACUUUAAAAGAAAUCAAACCCAUAAACUGAUUUAUAAAAAUAGAACAACCCAAAACAUAUUAACCCACAUCAAAUCUCUUUCAAAACUAACUAGGGUCUCCCACGGAUGGGAUGCUAGGAUGAACCCGCCGCAUGGCGAGGUGUACGCUUUCUAGACUGUAGAGUCAAGCCUUGAAAAAAUUUGCCACGAAAUAAAAUCUCACUUCAAAUUUUACCCAAUAAAAAAAUGAGAGUAUAUAUCACUUUAGAUCAGGUGUCUCCGACUUUGGAUUGAGCUCCUCUGUAACCGACCCCAUCGUGAGCCUUCCCGUGAGUAAAGAAAAACCACCCCUUCUUGCCCCCUUGAUAUCCAUUCUAGGUCGAUUUCACAUUUAAGAUGAAAUCGAUCUAGGAUGCAUUCCAAGACUGCAUACAGCCAAAUACUAUGUUUGGUAUGCAUUCCUAUUUCAAGAAUGCAUUACAUUAAAUAAGUAAUGAGUCUAGAUGUUUAAUGCAAUAUCAACCAAGAAUGCAUACCAAACGCAGCCAAGUUUCCUUCCUCCAACUCUUCAAGGUUGAACCGGUUAGAAUCGGGACUGCCAAUUCCGAUUCGAAUCAAGCGAUGCUGCAUAUCAUCUUCACUCUGAAUCCAUCGAAGCUGGAAACCCACAUCUCUGCAACUCAGAUGGGGUUUGGCUUAUGAGAAACACAAACAAGCAAGCCGAGCGCUCUCUCUCUCUCUUGAAGUCACGGUUUCGACCUGUGCAUUUGGAAGCUUAGAUUUUUGAUAUCUUAAUAGGAUCUUGAUAUUGUGGAGAGAGCGAUUCGGCUUUGUGGAGUGCUUGUUUGGGUUCUGUUGCUACUGUCUCUAAUUCUCUCGUCGCAGGUCAUUUCGCCUUUGUGUACUCACUGUAGUCUGUUCUGGCGAUUUUCUUUUGAUUUACGGGCGUUGCUUCAACUGAAUUGGAGACGUCAGUGAAGGUAGUUGUGGAGGAGUUGCUGCGGAAAGAUGUUUUGUGCUGGUCUAGACUGAAAGUGGACAAGAAGGGGGAAAAAAAGAAAUUCAGAGUGUAUGAAUAAGAUUCAACUCCAGUGCAUGAUUGUCAGGAAAAAAUUAUAAUAGGGGGAAUUUUCUCAUGAGUUCUAAGAAUUCGAACGGCAAAUUUUUUCUUAGUUACUUAUUAGUUAUUGCCAUUGGAACCUAGUGGUUGUGGGUUCAAGUCGGGAAACAGCCUCUCCAUGAAGCUGGGGUAAGGCUGUGUACGUUAUGACUCCCCAGACCCGCAGUGGCAGGAGCCUCAUGCUCUGGGACCAUAUUCUACUGGUUCAAAAGGAAGUGAUAUUGAUAAGCGGAAAAGAAGAAAAAUGUAUAGAUUUUUGUUUUGGAGGGCAGGAAGCACUAGUCUGUAUCUACUCUGCCAGAGUCGAUUUGGAUUUGCAUAUGAGCAGAAGUUCAGUCUGGUUAAUGUAAAGCUGAAAUGGGUAAAGGACAAGGCCUUGGAUGAUGUUGUGGCGAGGGAGAAGGAUCUUAGGGCUGCUUGCCAUCUUGUCUCCAUCAUUGCCUCUGAUCCCUAUUGCUGUCUCCCAAUAUAUCAACUCAACAGGGAGCGUGGUCAACUUGGUCUGCCCCAUGAUCUCAAGGUCUCCACCUUCAUAAGAAGGUACCCAACCCUUUUCCGUGAAUACCCUGUUGUCGUUGGAGAAGGAUGCAGUAGUGUCCCAUGGUUCUGCUUGACUGAUGAAGCACUGAAACUCUACCAAGAAGAGCUCUACAUCCUUCAGCAAAAUGAGAAAAACCUCAUUGAAAGGCUCCAGAAACUCCUUAUGCUCACUCGGGAUAGGAUGCUUCCCUUGCAGACCAUUGACCAGCUGAAAUGGGACAUGGGUUUGCCAAAUGAUUACCACGACUCCUUGGUUUCCCGAUACCCCCAGUUAUUUUCACUUGUCCGCCUUGUUGAUGAUCGCAUCGGCUUGAAGCUUUUACAAUGGGAUUACCGUCUUGCUGUCUCGCAAUUGCAAAAUAGUGCGGCUGCUGUUGCUGAAGACAGCAAAGAACAAGAAGAUGUUCAAAGCUUAAGCUUUCCGAUUGGAUUCACUAGGGGUUUCGGAUUGAAAAGGAAGUGCAUGCAAUGGUUAGACGAGUGGCAGAGGCUUCCUUACACUUCUCCUUAUGAGUAUGCAUGCCAUCUUGAUCCCCGUACUGAUGUCUCUGAGAAGAGGAUUGUGGGAGUCUUUCAUGAGCUUCUCCACCUUACCCUUCAGAAGAAGACUGAACGUAAGAAUGUAAGUAACAUCCGUAAACCAUUAUGCUUACCCCAGAAGUUCACGAAGGUAUUUGGACGCCAUCCUGGCAUUUUUUACAUUUCUCAGAAGUGCUCCACCCAGACAGUCAUUCUCAGGGAAGCCUACUGCCACCAAGAACUCCUCCAGAAGCAUCCCCUUGUGGGAAUCAGGGAAAGAUAUGCAGACAUGAUGAAGACUGGACUUCUCAAUAGAAGUAGAGGGUUGUACAAGAAAUUCAUCGGCCAUAGCCAAGAAGAAGAGGAUCGCCAACUCCAGGAUUCAAAUUAAUCGAUACAUUUUCCAUGCUAAAUUAUAUGAUUCUACAACAUCAAAGAAAUUGUUUAAAGUUGACACUGCUUGAAAUUUCCUGAAGACACAACCAAAAGAGCUGCUUCUUUCUGGUAUGAUAUUUUGGGGAUUUUUUUUUGGGAUGGGGGUGGGGUGUAAUCUAGGAGCAUGCAACUUUGAAAGGAAAACAAAAUUAUUGUAGUAGUGUUAGUUAGAAACCAAUGAGUCUGGCAAUUCUGUGAUUGAAUGCAUCUCAAAUUAUGAUUGAGUUAUUCGAAUUAUUUAUCUAAAAUUCUUUAA